AUGUGGCGGCGAAAUAUAUGUGAAGAACUUCAGUUCCGCGAUUUCAUGAAGGAAAUUCCAGCUCCGUACAAUAGUGAUCCAUCGCUUGCUCGUCGCAUAUUUAAUUUCCUUCAGCGCUUUGGUUAUAUAAAUGUGGGUAUUUUCACAUCUUCCGGUCCGCCACUGAAGCCUUAUCAAAAACGCGUGAUAGUAAUUGGUGCGGGCAUCGCUGGCAUUGUAGCAGCACGACAGUUGAGGCGUUUUGGUUUGGAUGUGGUAGUACUAGAAGCCCGAAACCGCAUUGGUGGCCGUAUAGCAACGCAUAUUAAAUCAGAGAUCAAUCCGGAGAAUCCAGAAGACGAGCGAAAAAGCAAGAGGACCGUGAUAGAAUUGGGCGCCUCGUACAUUUAUGACUCAUAUGUCAAUCCGCUUAUGACGCUGAUAAGUCCAGGACGAAAUGAGGCUGUUGUGCGAGCGUUGCACAGAUUGCUCUCCGCUGCAACAUAUUUGGCGCAAUCGUCGAAAAUCACAAGUAUUAACAAUCGCGCAUUAAGCUUGGGCGAAACUUUUGACAUUAUGAACGAGCAACUGGAUUGCCUACUGCAAGCGAGGCGUAAAUCAUUUUUCUCGAAAUAUCAUGAUUUGUUGAUUAAACUGAAAUCAAUUCAGGAUGAUGUAAGUGUAGAGUUUUUUUUUCUUUUCGAGGACCAGCAAAAUGUAGGUGGUGUCCCAAGCACAGAUUAA